CCCAACGUGUUCUUCGUCGAAGCUUCAAGUAGCAUGCACUCAGCAUGGACCACGAACAGUAAACGAGUAGUCAGUGCCAUUUUAAGAGUGCGAUCCGGAAAGGUUUCGAGGCGAGCAAGCAAAGCAUCCAGCAACGAGAGUAAAUUGGAAUACUCGUACAGCGAAGUCUGGCCUGCCGGCGACGGAAAUAACGAUCGUGGUCCCAUACACUAAUUAGAUUAGAUUAGACAAACCUGAUUAGUUCGCUGUGCAUUGUGGGGGCAUGGGCAGCAGGCAUAGGGAAGGGGAGCGAGCUCGUGCUGUCGAUUCUUUGUUUGUCUUCGCAGAUAAAUUUGCGAAGUGAGUAAAGCUCGAAGCUUGCGGAGCAACUUUCUUGUGUUGCGUUGUGACUAAAAUUUAAAAAAGGAAAUCGACGUGACACAAGUGGAAGCUACCGCUGCAUGACCACACCAGCGCGAGCGAUUCGGGUGUUGUUCAGUUACGAGCAUUUUUUGGUGCAUUUGUUUGCUGAAUUUUUUGCGGAUCAGCUGUGUACAUUUUCGAGUGUGUCUGUUUGCUUGCGAGACAAUAUGCAGAAGGCACAACAACGCGGUCUCUGCUGGAUGCUGUUUGUGCUGGGCUCCCUGAUCCUUACCCUAACGUUGGCCUUCAGUUACUGGAUGUUUGUUCCACGGGAGGUGCAUUUCUGGCCGCUGAUUUCGCGCAAUUACAGCGGGCCAGAAGCAAAGAUCUCCAUGCUACCGGGGAUGGUGCCAGCGGGACUCAAGCUGAAGCACGGGCCACCCUUCGUCUACCAGAUAUUACAUUAGUCCAACACACACGACAGAGUAUAUGCUAUGUAAUCGUAUUCUAGUUUAACAAUAAAUUACAUGUACGUUAGAGAAUUGGGUGG